UUAUAUAUCAUGGCGAUGUAUAUUUGACAGUUCCAUAACCUCUUUUUAAGAAUCUUAGGAAAUCUAAGAAGACUGGAAACAAAUAUUUUCGAUCUGCAUUAAUGUUUCAUUUACAACGUCAUAAUAACUAAUUCUAAUCUAAAAGUAUUAUAAUAUAAUAGUCUCUUUCUUUCUUAUACCAAAUAUAUUUUAAACGUAGCGUAUGUUUGGUUUAAAAAAAAUAUUCAUAUGAUCUUUAUUGAUAUAAGGAUGUCUGUAAAUAUACGAUGCCGAUUAUGCGGUGUAAAAUGUCAGGAAUAUUUAAAUAUAUUUGACGAAGAAGAAAUUUAUGUUAAAAUAUCUUGCUGCUUACAGAUUACGAUUUCGAAAGAGGAUGUUCUUCCUAAAACUAUUUGUUGUACUUGUAGUUCUAAUUUAGAAUUGUCAUACGAUUUCUUUACGAAAUCUCAUAUGGCUCAAUUGUUUCUCAACGAAUUAUAUGGAUCAAUAACUAAUGAAAAACAAACUAUUGAACAUACUGUUAAUGAAACUCAAAGUCUUAAAACAAUCACUAAGGAUUCUGUAGACUAUAACAAGGAAUCAUUAAUUCAUAAUGACAAAUCUAAUGUAAAUGAAAAUAUUAAGGAACAUGACACAAAAGAUCAUCUGUCUACUUUGCACUCUAAUCCAAAGAAAAAGAAAUGUGAAAAAUUAGUAGUAAGGCAAAAAAAAACAGAUGAAUUAAUACAGAUAACAGAAACUCAAGGAAAAAAUACUAUUGUUACUUCUAAUAUACAGAAAAGUACUAGAGAAAAUAAAUUAAAAGUAAGAAAAUUUAAUGAAAUUAAUAAAGCAGCAACAACUUCUACUGAUAAAUUAACAUAUACAACUUCUGUCUACAACUUUUGCCUUCCGGAUGUAAUUCAAGAAUAUCAAUGGACAUGUGCAAUAUGUGAAGAUUUUAAUGUUGACAAUUUUCCGGAAUUAUAUCAACAUUACAAAGCAUUGCAUAAUCGAGAGCCUUCUUUUAAAUGUAAUAUAUGUGAUAAAGUCUAUGAAGUUUAUGCAAGCUUUAUAAAACAUUUAAAACUACAUCGAGAUUUUAAUCAAUAUAAAUGCACUACUUGUAAUAAAACAUUUUCACAAAAGGGAAUACUACUUUCUCAUCAGACCGUACAUUCCAAUGAAAGGCCUCAUACCUGUUGCAAAUGUGGAAAAUCAUUUAAAAAAUAUAGCUCAUUACAGACACAUAAUAAAUUACAUCUCCCUGAUGAUAUGAAGGAGAAAUUUAUAUGUGAAUUCUGUAAAAAGCAGUUUUCUACUAAACACACCUUAAUAAUGCAUCGUAGACUUCAUACUGGAGAACGUAAUUUUAUGUGUGAUAUUUGUGGAAAAUCUUUUACUACAAAAGGUUCUUUAGUAUAUCAUAUCGCAGGUCAUGCAGAAGAUAAGAAUUUUAAAUGUAAAGAAUGUAAUAAGUGUUUUAAAACAGCCAGAGUCUUAAAUAACCAUGUGAUAUUACAUUCUACAAUAAAACCAUAUCAAUGUGAUGUUUGUGGUAAGCAAUUUCAUGUACGUCGUCGCUUACAAGAUCAUCAUAGAAUUCAUACAGGAGAUAUGCCAUAUAAAUGUGAAUUUUGUGAGAAAUCUUUCCGAUUUUCUGGAAUUUUAACAAUACAUAGGAGACAACAUACAGGUGAAAGACCAUAUAUUUGUACAGACUGUUUACGUUCUUUCACUAACUGGUCUAAUUACAAUAAACACAUGAAGCGUAUACAUCAUUCUGGUGCUACUAAUUCGGAAAAAAAUAAUAAAUACAAGAAAAAGACAAGUGAUAGUGAAAUUAAAGCAGCAGUCACAGAAAGUAAUAUUAACAAAUAAAUUAUAAAGAUAUGUAUAUUAUUUUUUAAUUAUUAUUUACUUUUAUGUUAAUUAAAAUGAUAUUCAUUUUAUAAAUUUCA